CCCAAGCACUUCGGCCGCAGCUGCGCCCAGCGACAUUGGGAACUUCUGGAAGCAGAAUCCCCACUAGAAGGCCCCCUCCCGGACGCCCGCUCCCAUGGGCAGCUACUUGAGCACACCCAAGCCCGCGCCGCAACCGCUUGCCCAAGGGCACCCGAACCCUCGGCCCUGGCCUGCCCAGGCCGAGGACGGUGGGCACCGCAUCUGCCCCGGACCCCUCCCGUGGAUGCCGCCCAACUGGGACCCCGCCAAGCCGCGGAGGGUGGUCACCGAGGCGUGGAGGCGCUUUCCUGCCAAGCCACCUCCUGAGACAGUCCUGGGGCCGGAUCUCUCCAGCGCCUGGGAGAAUUACAUGAAGCGGUGGCUCUGGAGUGCCCGCCACCCACGGCGGAUCUGGAGCCCUGUGACGGUCAAGAUCGCUCCCCCUGAGCGCAGAAGGAGCCCCUGGGUGUCCCGGGCCCAGGGGCACGGUGCCUGCCCUGCAGGCCUUUCCCCCCUGGAGGAGCGUCCAGACCCUUGUGCCAAGGAGACCGUACUGAGGGCUCUCAGCCAGUGCCAGAAGGGGAACAGGAAGUUUGACGGGCCCCUGUGGUUUGAGAUCCCCGAAAGCGUGAGCAGGAGGCGGGACCCGGAGCCCAGGCCAUCUGCCUUUAAGCCCCUGAUCAGAAAUGGAGUGGUCCCUUCCUUUGUGCCCAGGCCAGGGCCUCUGAUCAGAGACCUUCACUCCUGGAGCUACAGCGUCUGCAGGGAGGACGCGCACCUCAAGCCUGAUGUCCAGCCUUCACUGCCUGCUGCUCACCCCGCUGCAGGGGCGGUGUCAGCCCAGCGCCCGGAGCCUCAGGGGCAGAGCUGGGAGAAGAUGCAGCGCUCCCGGGGCCUCCCACCCUCCCCCAGUGCUUAAGAACACCACCAGGAGGGUCUUUUCCUGCCCUGAGGGCGCCCAGCCCAUGGCUCCUCUGGCUCCUUCCUAAGAGUCAGGGCCCUGUUACCUGCCUCCUAAAACUCAAACCUGUAUACCUAUUCUCAUCUUGCUGACCCCAUGCUCCUGCCCCAGUAUUACUGCAGCCCCCAGACCUGCCUGUCCUUACUCUGGAGAGCCUGCACUGGAGAUUGUUGAUGUUAAACCCCUUGCCUCCUCCUGUCUGCCCAAUCCUUCCUGUCUUUUCCCUUCAUUUACUGGAAGGUAUUCUUCUUUC